AUGCCAGAAAGCGCCAGACCCCAGCCCCGGGCCCUCAAAUGCCAGGACCGCUUGUGGGGCCUGCGGGGCGCGCUGCCCCCGUACCUGCGGCGGGAGGCGGCUGAGCUGGCGGCGCUCGCGGGCCCAGUGUUUCUUGCGCAGUUGAUGAUCUUUCUCAUCAGCCUUGUCAGCUCCAUCUUCUGUGGACAUCCGGGCAAGGUCGAGCUGGACGCUGUCACGCUCGCCGUCACGGUGGUGAACGUUACUGGGAUUGCAGUUGGCACUGGCUUAGCCUCAGCUCAUGACACCCUCAUGUCUCAGUCCUUUGGAGGCAAGAACCUCAAGCACGUGGGGAUCGUACUUCAGAGAGGGGUCCUCAUCCUUAUGCUGUGCUGCUUUCCCUGCUGGGCCGACUUUGUCAACACCAAGCGCAUCCUCCUGCUCUUAAAACAAGACCCCGAAGUCUCCAGGUUGGACAAGGGAGUGCUUCCAGGAGUGGGGCUCCUACAUCCACCUGGUUAUUCCCAGUAUGUUCAUGGACUGAUUGACGUGAUGAAGCUUGGCGCUCAGGGCAUCAUCUGUGAGCUGGCGUCAGUGGCCUACAUGGAGAUCAAUAUAGCUGGUAAAAACCUCCUCUCCCGGCUUGAUUUCCUGUACAGCUCUGACUUCUGCCAGGGUCCCUUUGUAGGUCACAAUGACAUUGGGGCAACAGCUAUGAUUCAUCAAUUAAAAUGCCUGCUUGCAUCUUCCACAUUUGGACAAUCCUUCUUACCUGGCGAAGCAGUACUCGCAGUGGUUGCCCCGCUCGUUGACCAUGAGCACGUAGGCACAGGGCGGGCAGGAGAACAGCAAGUCCCCCACCUGGAAGGGCUGCAGAGCCCACAGUCCCUGGCCCUUGCCGGGGCUGCAGAAGCGCUCCAGGCCACCGAGGCCCUUGGCCCUCAUGGUGGUGGCAGGGCGCAGCCGCUGGCUGUGCCCGAGCUGCGGCUCCCGGCCGAUAAUAGUUGUUUCACACCCAUAGGUCUCUGGUCUGGAUUGAUAGUUUGUGUCUUCUUUCAAGCCCUUUUCUAUCUGGUGUACAUCUUGAGGAUAAACUGGAAUAAAGUUGUGGAGCAGGCACAGGUUCAAGCUGGACUAAAAGGGAAUAAAGAAACCAUGCCUACCUCCUCAGAUCUACCUAUCCUGGGAAGAGAAGUAACUGAUGGAAUCAUUUUGCCUGAUAUCAUCAGACCAGAGAGCCAGACCCUUCUACUGAUGAGACCAGAAGAAAACACCCAGUAUGCAAUGUCCACCGCUGGAGAGAUCCUGACAGUGAGGCAGCUGAUAUUCUAUUGUGGAAUGGCUUUAGCUCUUGCUGUCACCGUCCUUUCAGCAGGAAUUUUCAUUAGAGUUUUCAAUGACCAUGGUUAUAUGCCAUAUGUUAAGUAUGAAAGGUGA